AUGCUUGAUAUAUUUACGCGUCGCGCCAACCUGUCCACAUUAGCCGCUGCGACAGCAAAGGGGGCCCCGAUAGCGGCCGGCCGCGGCGGGGCGGGCGAUCUCUCACACGAUAGCGGGCCGCGACGCCCCGCACACCGCGAUAGCGUCGCCUAUAUAGCCUCCCAGACGGCCCUAAUUGCGACCGCUAUCGUACAAAUAUCCCGCGGAUGUGCACACUACUCGGGCACCGUACCUACGCAUUGUUUCAGACUCUUCCGCCUGCCCGUUCUCCCGGAUGCUUGCGCGCCGCGCUCGCUAUCGCAAUCUAUGGAUGGCGGCGUUCUAAAAAAAUUAAGUUACGGC